AUGCAAAGUCCACAAAAAACAUGGCAUCGUAUUCAACAGGGUCAAAGCACCAAAAGAAGCAGUGUUCAAAACAAAUCACAACGUACUUCUCUUCGUCGACUUCUCUUCGUCGACUUCUCUUCGUCGACCUUGUCUCAAUUUCUUCGAUUCUGCUUGAACCAGGUUUGUGAAUCAGUUUCUCCCUUCAUCUUCCUAUUUUCGACUGAGAUCACCGUUCAAGAACCAAGAUUGACUUCAGCCGAAUCGUAG